GAGUAACCUGCUGCACGUUUUUCACCGUCGAUCAUUUGUAGCAAGGACAAACUCGAUUAGCUUGCAAACAAGUUUUCUCCAACAGAUUCACCGCGUUCGCCGGUUUAUCUGUCAUUCCUGCGGAAAAGCUGCAAAUUUCAAGAUUAUCUUUAUCUUUUAAGAUUCUUCGUAAUAAUCAAAACUGGAUUUACCAAAAUGAAAAUUGCCAGCACAUUAUUUCUCUUCGUUGUUGUCGGAUGUACUUGGCGAGAGGCACUAUGCACAUGUGUAUUUCAGUCGGACUUCGGUUUUGUGCUAAACUGCGCUUUCAAAAAAUCCGGUCUCUUCCGGGUCAGAAAUCUCGGAGGUGUGAAGGGUUACAUCGGCCUGGGAUUUUCCGUUGGAGACGAAUUAGGCUUUAGCCAAUCGCUCUCUAAUGUGGAAAGUGCAAAAAGAAGAAGUGUGCAAACAAACAGAGCUAACAGCCUUGCAAUAAAUCCUCUAAAUGCGGCAGGCAAUCGGGAUGAAGCUCGUCUAGGCUCAUUAAAUACUCGCCAAGUGGUGCCGCCCUUCAAACCCUUGCCAUUUGGUACAGCCCGACCAUUAGCUCAACAGCCUGAACGUCAAAAGCUGGUGGUAAAUUCAACGGCUGUUAAAACGGCGCCGGUGAUACCGUCGAUGCAGCUAGAUGCGCUACAUCAACAGCAUCAACGGAUUCAUCAGGAAGCCAAGCUGAAACAACAACAGAGGAUACAACAAGAGGCAUUGGCAUUGCAAGUAUUGAAGCAGCAACGUCAACAACAACAGGAGGCCAUGAGGCAGCAGCAUGUGCAAAAAAUACAGCAAAUGCAGAAGCAGCAGCAGAUGCUCGCGCAACGGCAGCAGAUGAUGACAAUACAAAAUAAAAAAGAUCAACCAUCUCAGAUAAUAGCAGUGACGGGGACAAUGCCAAAGCUACCUAGCGUCGUCGCUGCAAUUCCACAAAGUGGUAUGGUCGAAGCCGAAGUUCUUUCACCAUUAUCAUCAAAGGUAACAGGCAAUUUGAUCUUGUCAAAUGCUGCCUUGCCACCUUUCAUCGCGAUGCCACAAUCAUCGAUGAAACUCACAAACAGAGUCGGUAAUAGUGGUACUUCGCUACAGGAAUUCGAUAAUGAAGUACCAAAAGAUGAUUUCACUCAGCUACCUUUACCGAGCGAAGAGAUGGCUGCUUCAGUGAACGAAAUGACGUUGCUUUCGUUGCAGCCUGUCGCUGCAGCUGAAACCAGCCAGCUGUUGCCUCUUCAACAAAACGAAAAACAACAGUCCUUACCCGACAGCUUACCAUCUUUGGCUCCCAUCCAGGGCAUGGAAACUUCUUUAAAGGCUCUCGCGGAAGCAAGUAACAUCACUUUAGAAGCCUUGGAAGCGGCAAUUCUCCUAAGACAGCAACAGCUUCUUAAAAAACAGCAAGGACCUAUGACGACAAGUACUACAACAACCACAACAGCGUCUCUUAAAAAUAAAUAUAAUUCCGGAGCCACCAAAGUGAUGAACGCGCCUCGGGAAUACUACCCGGUUGGAUACGACAAAAAUUUCGAUGACAACUUUGCAAGUCGCGUUGACCUGCCUGACACGAGCUUUUACUGUGGCGAUCAAAAACAUUUUCCAGGUUUUUAUGCCGACGAAGACCUGGGAUGCAUGGUGUUUCACGUUUGCGCAUUGACGGACGAUGGUUUGAUCAUGAAAAGUUUCCUGUGUCCGGAAUCAACGUUGUUCGAUCAAACGAUUUUGAGAUGCAACUGGUGGUUCUACGUGGACUGUAAAGCUUCCAAGAGCUUGUACGACAGCAAUAUACCUAUUAGUAAGAGUUAUCAGUUAAUGAAGGCCUUGGCGUUCUUCUCGGCGUACAAAAAUCACGAAAACGGGACAAAUACUGAGCAAAAUAGCGAAGAUAAUUCUUGAAUCGGCUAAUCAAUCAAAAAUUACAGAAUUGUAAUCGUUAAGCUCAAUUUUCCAUAGAAAUUUUCGUGUUUUCACAAUACGACUUUUUCAUCUAGUUUUAAAAGCUUUUAUUUGUAUAUAUAAUUUAUUGAUUAAGAAAGAGAGAGAGAGAGAGAGAGAGAGA